GCGCUCCCGCGACAAACUUCAACAACUGCGCGCUCCAGAGCGGCUGGUACUUAAAGGCUGGCGUCUCGUCUCUGUUUCAAGAGCAGUGCGAGUGUGUGUACAUCGAGCUAACGAAUGAAAGACGACCAAGAUCGACCCUGUGUCCAUCACGUCGCCAUACAUUCACCCCAUUUAUCUGCAGGGAAUUAAAGGAUAUUUCGUCCGAGAGGUCCCCACAUUUCAAGAGAAGACGAAAGCCUUAUUUGGAAAUCUUAUGGACGAAGUGGAUUGGCCAUCAGCUUUGAUGUAGGGGUGUCAGAGGUAUACAGCCAGGGACCUAGCAGUCAUAACUCAUAGAUGUGCAGCGGAAAUGAGUCGCCAGACUGCCACCGCGCUGCCCACAGGAACCUCCAAGUGCCCCCCCUCCCAGCGCGUGCCCACCCUGUCAGGCACCACUGCCUCCAACAGCGACCUGGCCAGCCUGUUCGAGUGCCCCGUCUGCUUCGACUAUGUCCUACCCCCCAUCCUGCAAUGCCAGUCUGGACACCUGGUAUGCUCCAACUGUCGGCCCAAGCUCACCUGCUGCCCCACCUGCCGAGGUCCCCUGGGCUCCAUCAGGAACCUGGCCAUGGAGAAGGUGGCCAACUCUGUCCUCUUCCCCUGCAAGUACGCCUCAUCGGGCUGCGAAGUCACCCUGCCUCACACCGACAAGACGGAGCACGAAGAGCUGUGCGAGUUCCGGCCGUACUCCUGCCCCUGCCCAGGCGCAUCCUGCAAGUGGCAGGGCUCUCUGGACGCCGUCAUGCCUCACCUGAUGCACCAGCACAAGUCCAUCACCACGCUGCAGGGGGAGGACAUCGUGUUCCUGGCCACAGACAUCAACCUGCCGGGCGCGGUGGACUGGGUAAUGAUGCAGUCAUGCUUCGGCUUCCACUUCAUGCUGGUGCUGGAGAAGCAGGAGAAGUACGACGGCCACCAGCAGUUCUUUGCCAUCGUGCAGCUCAUUGGGACUCGCAAGCAAGCCGAGAACUUCGCUUACCGGCUGGAGCUGAACGGCCACCGGCGCCGCCUGACCUGGGAGGCCACGCCGCGCUCCAUCCACGAGGGCAUCGCUACGGCCAUCAUGAACAGCGACUGCCUGGUGUUCGACACGUCCAUCGCACAGCUGUUCGCCGAGAACGGCAACCUGGGCAUCAACGUCACCAUCUCCAUGUGCUAAGAACUUCAAAGAGAAGGGGGUCAAAAAAAAAAAGUUACAGAUUGUUUCGGGGGGCAUUUUUUUAGGGGGGGGGUCAAAUCAGUUGUGACCUCACAGCGCCCCUCUCUCUCUGCCUCACCCCUUGAGAUAGACUUGAUGUGGAACUGGACUGUCUGAUCAGGCAGCCGUGGAGGCCCAGGGGGUGGGUGGGACGGAUGGAUGGAUGGAUGGAUGGAUGGAUGGAUGGAUGGAUGGAUGGAUGAAUGGAUGGAUGAGUGGAGGAAUGAAAAAAACACAAGGACAUAACUGUAGUGAUGGCUAUAGCCUUAUAAACACACACAUAUAAACAUAUAUAUGUGAGACUCAUGCACGCACAUGCAGUCUCGCCCUCUCUCGGUCAUAAACACGGACACAAACUGACAAGCUGUUCAAACUCUCUUGUCUCUUCGUCAGCGUCUCUCUCCCCGAGUGAUUUCCCACCACUCCUGCUUCUCACUCUCUUAUUUUAGUGUCUCUCUUUCAUACUUCCUCUUCCCCCCCUCUCCUCCCCCCUCCCCCUCAGUCCUCCUCAGACAUUUCAGACACUACAGCUCUCCAGCCUUCACUCCGAGACGCUGGAGGCUGGUCACCGAGCAGCUCUGUGCCCUGACAGCUACACACCGAGGAAGGCUCAAGCUAUAUAUUUCAACACGGACUCUUGGUCAGUGCUAGGCAGUUAGCCAGCUAUCUAGCUCCCCCCCCACCUCUCCCCCCUCCCCUCUCCCUUCUGUUCAUAAUCCACCUCAGAACCCGUCAGACCUCCUGGAUCGAACGGUUCACACGCUAACCGACACACCUGCAGGGCUGCGAGCGCCGGUGUGGUCGGAUGACACGGCCGGAUGACACGGCCGGAGCGCGGUGGCCGUCUUCAUUUAAUCCAGCUCUGGAACCCAGAGCCUCAUGAAGUUUUUUUUUUUUUUUUUUUUCUCUCCCAGAUUUUGGUAUUUAUUUUCACCUGUGACCGACAUGGCUAUCGAUGGUUUGGACUGCAACCCUCUCAUAGACAUGGAUGCUGGUUGUAGCACCCACUUUCUGUGCAGGACCUCGGAUCUGCAGCGAUGGAGCUCAGCCUGCAGGCGUCCAUCUACAUCUACCACUUAAAACAUCUGCACAGGCUCAUCUGGUUUCCCUCCGGUCCACAUCUGGCCCACAUCAGUCCACCCAAGGCUAAAGAUUGUGCGUCGGACACUGUUUAAAUAGUUGACUGUCAUUGAUAGUUAUUAGAACAGACACUGCUCUCAUACUGUAUGGAUUUCAGAAGGCUCUCAGCUACAACAGCCCUGGAUUUCUUUUUUUUUUUUUUUUCUUUUUCACGGAGUGGCGACAACAGUGGAGUUCUGACACGCACACAAACACACACACACACACACAGACACACACCUGUUGUAUACGUUACAAGCUGUGUGUGUAGGUGUAACAGUGGAUGAAUUGAGUGUGUGUGUUGGAGCUUUUUGAUGGAGAAAUAUAAGGGUCUGUUUUUUUUUUUGUGUGUUUGUGAGGAAGAGGAAAAACACUGCAUUUCAGUUGAGUCAAAGUUUUUCUUUCGGGGUUUAUUGCUUAAAUUUGUUUCUUUUUAAUUAUUGUAGUUGUCUUUUUUUUUCGUAUGAGAGAGAAGAACUCUGGUGUGUGUGUGUGUGUGUGUGCGCGCGUGUGUGAGUGUGAGUGUGAGAGAGAUGGACGUUUGACAAGAAGCCUGCUCACUUUUCCUCUCCCCACUCUUACUCUAUUCUGCCUCCAUCUCGCUCUGUCUGCCAGUGUCGGCCUCAACCACUGAUUGACUGAUCACCCAAACAGGAAUGAGGGACAGUUUCUACCGUUACAAUGUUGCUAUUGUUAUUAUUAAAUGGAGAUUAUCAUAAUUAUCAUUUUUUGUAAUGACUUUUAAAAGCAAAAAUUAAAAGGCAGUUGUAAAACUUGUGGCUAAACUUCAGUGUUUGUAGAUAAAAAGCAAGUUGUAUUGUUCUUCUGAAAGUUUGUUUCCCCCCCCCCUCGAGUUGGAUUGUUUUUCCUCAUCUAUUCGUCUCUGUCCUCUUUUGUUUGUGUGGUAAGUCUCUUUUUUUUUUUUUUUUUUUUUUCUUUUUUGUCUAUGAGGAGGGAGGGAGGUGACGCCAAUCAUCUCUCCCUUUCUCUUCAUGUGGAGUCUCAGUAAUGUUGCUGCUCUCCCUCAACUCCUUGACUUUUUUCUGUUUUAAUUUGUCAUUAAAUAAAUCUAUCUUUUUCAUA